AUGAUCAAAACCUUAAAUCCUUACCCAAAUCCAGCUAAAACAGCUGAGAUUAUGUCAAGGUAUAGACCUAUUGCACCAAAGCCAGAAACAUUAUCAAGUAACAACUCAAUGAGUGAUGGAUCUUCUUCAUCUAACUCACUUUCUCAUAAACUCAAACAAUCUCCUUAUCUUAGGAAUCUUUGGCCACAGUUACAAGCAAGACCCACAAGGACAAGGAAACGAGGUAGAGCUCCUAUUUCACUACCUUCUUCUUUGAAGAGACAAAAAACACAUGUCUUAGGUUUCUGUCAACCUUUGCAUGUAACAUCUCCAAUGAAAAACCUUUCUUUACAAGGUAAUCAUUUUGUUCCUCCUACUUCACUUCCUCAACUAUCUCAUCCAAAUCAUGGAAUUGGAGUUCUCAAUUCCAAUCAUUUGGAGAAAAAUCUUAAUUUGGUUACACUCCCUCUUCUUCCUUGUUCUCCUAAUUCUCCUAAUUCAUCACCUCAUCAUAAUAAUAAUGCAUCCAAAAUUGAAUUAGAGGUGAUAGAUUUGAACAAAACCAAAGGUGAAAUUCCACAAGAGAUAGACCUCUUGCAACAGCUUCAAAAACCAGCUUCUAGCUCCUCCAACAAUGUCAUAAAUGUAAUUGCGCCGCAACCGAUUCGACCUAUAGGUUCAUGCAUUAGUGUUGGUUGCAUUAACAUUAAUCAAGUUUCAAAAAAACCAUCUUUGACACAACAAAAACCUAAAAAAUCAGAGGAAUUGGAACAAGAGGUUGAGUCAGAGGAAUUGCCAGCUGUGAUAUCAGAUUCAAACAACAGAGUUAGGAUGGUAAAUUCAGCAUACAAACAAAUGGUGGGUCAACCAGAAUGUCCAUGGCUAGAAGUUCAAUGUGGUCCAUCAUCCUCAUGCAAGAGGAUUAGUGGUGGGGUAACAUUGCAAAUCUCAGAUUCUUCAAUUAUACCAAUUAUUUCUUCAAAUGGGUUUUCUUGUUGGGUGAGGAUUGAAUGGGAAAAUAAUGGAAACAAGAAAAACUGUGUGAAUGCUUUUUGUGAUGUUGUGCGCUUGUCUUGUGAUCAAUCAAGGGACUAUGUUUUCACAUGGAGGUUUCAUACUCGUUCUCAAUCCAGUUGUAAUGCAUGA